UUCGACGCGGACGUAAACAAACGUAGCUUAGCAAUCUAAGCCCAGUUGUAGCGAUAGAGAAUUUUACUGUAACUUAGUACAAUGUGUUUAUUUGCCGCCUAGAUCUAAAAAGAUCUGAUAUCAUUAAAGGAGCUGCGUUUUGCUAGGAGCUGUACCCGAGAAAAGCUCACUUCUACAAUGUCUACUUCAAAUUUCAAGAAUAAGUGCGUGACGCAAAUCAACUGUAUAUACUGUGACAGUCUGCUGUGUACCAGAGGGAUGAAAGCAGUGCUUUUGGCUGAUACGGAAAUAGAGCUAUUCUCAACCGACAUACCACCAAAUAGGACAGUUGAUUUUGUGGCAAGCUGCUAUUCCACUGAAAGCUGCAAAUGCAAAUUAAGAGAUAUUGCUUGUUUGAAAUGUGGGAAUGUUGUGGGAUAUCACGUGGUGGCCCCAUGCAAACCCUGCUUGCUGUCCUGUAACAAUGGUCACUUCUGGAUGUUCAACAGUGAGGCCGUGUCCACCAUCAAUAGACUGGAUGCAACAGGGCAGAACCUGCUCUUAUGGGGAGAUCUUCCAGAACUUGAAGACAGUGAUGACGAGAGCUUGGAAAGUUUCUCAGAAGAAGAGUACCUCAGAUAGAAACACAGGCCAAAACAAGUAGACUCUGACGGUAGCGAACUAGUUUGCUUUCACAGAUCUCCGUUUAAAGCACAGUGAAUUGACUUUAGCUGACUGGGAAAAGGCAGAAAAUGACUUUACCUUCUAGCUUGUUUCAUAUUCAUGCUUCUGCUAUUUUCUUUCGGCAUUCAUCUCAUAUUAAUUUAAGUAUGUCAGAGUGCCACUACCAAAGAAAAAAAGUGUCCGUUUUCUUUGCUUUGCGGUUGCAGUAGCACAAAACAUGGUGAUGGGACUUUAAGACUUACAAAAGUAUCCUUGUGUGUCUAUACAGGAUUCACAAUGGUUUCAGGCUGUUCCAGAAGAAUAACAGCAGUGUUAAUUGAGGUGUUAAAACAGCUUGUUUGCUCCAGUACCAAUGCAGUUUUUGGAAGGCGAUCAAAUGGCUACACUGCUAGUCAAAAAUAUAGAUAGAUAGAUAGAUAGAUAGAUAGAUAGAUAGAUAGAUAGAUAGAUAGAUAGAUAGAUAGAUAGAUAGAUAGAUAGAUAGAUAGAUAGAUAGAUAGAUAGAUAGAUAGAUAGAUAGAUAGAUAGAUAGAUAGAUAGAUAGAUAGAUAGAUAGAUAGAUAGAUAGAUAGAUAGAUAGAUAGAUAGAUAGAUAGAUAGAGUAAAUAACCGACAUACCAUGUUUUAAUGGUUUAUUAGUAUAUAUCUGCAUGAAAAAAAAUGACAAACAGUCACUUCAAGACAUGAUGGAUAUCAUUACUUAUAAUUGAUAUAUUUUGGGCCAGAUUUGCUAACAAAAUGGAUUUUUGCUAGUUACCCAUUAGAGUUUCCUUAACAGGCACAAAAUAUAUAGGAGGACA